AUGCCUGGGACGUGGACCAGCGCCGACCAUCUCGAAAUCUUGCGGAAGUCGCUCAAGGACGCCGUUCCUUACACAUGUGGCAUGCAUCCUGUGAGCAAGGAGCAGUUGGGACUCUAUUUUAGCACAGAUGGCGGGGAUGGAGCGCGAUAUAUUGACUUCGCAAGUUUGAAGGACGAUGCCCCGCUUGAAGCUCUCGCAGCCGCCUGCGACAAGGCCACUUUUGGCUCUGACUCCGGAGACGUCUUUGACGAAACAUAUCGGAAGGCGGGCAAGCUAGAUACGGACAAGUUCUCAACACGCAUUGACAUUGUUUCAUCGGGGCUUCUGGAUGCUGUCGCUCAGGACCUUCUUGUCGAGUUCCCCAAGAUAUUUGCUGCCAAAGUGGGAGGAAAGGUCGACGAGCAAGCAGAACCCAACCCUGAGGUGGCCCAUCCGCUGACACCGGAACGUGUGUUGCGUGCCGAAAUGUACAAGCUGAAUGUAUACGGUCCGGGGUCGUUUUUCAAGGCUCAUAAAGAUACACCUCGAGGAGAAGAUAUGGUCGGGUCGCUUGUCAUAAUCUUGCCGACACUGCAUAAAGGCGGAGCGCUAGUACUGGAACACGGAGAAGGUCGUUGGACAUUUGAUUCCUCCAACCGACUCGACCAACAUCGGGAAUCAUACCCAGAAACUCCUGCUGUCGCAUACAUCGCUUUCUUCAGCGAUGUUGUCCACAUUGUCGAGCCUGUGGUGUCAGGCUUCCGGGUCACCCUCACUUAUAACCUCUUUUUGUCUCCUUCGACUUCAAGUUCUUCGAUCCACAGAAUCACCCCUGCCGCCGAGCUCGCUUGCGAAACUUCCCUCCGCGCAUUGUUGUCCGACCCUACUUGGUUCAAAGAGGGAGGGCAUAUUGCAUUCGGCCUCUCUCACCAGUACCCGAUUCCUCGUGAUUCGGGAGACAGACAUGUCAUGCUCAAGCCAGAAGUCCUCAAGGGGGCCGAUGCCAGACUCAAGAAUGCUGCGCUGCGGGCAGGUCUUGCUCCUCGAUUGCGGCUAAUAUACCGCGUCGACGAGUACGAAGAGAUUCACGAAGGAUGGCCGCAGCGGCUUGUCGUGCUUGAUGAUGUGGCCGACAUGAGUUACUUCGAUGCCGAUGAGGGAUUCUCAUCCGUCGAGAUUGAGGAGCAAGGCGAAAUACUGAAAAAUUUGAAUGGCGAUGGGACUGACGCGGUUCGGCCGGCGACACCUGGGGACCGAUACGAAUAUCGAAGAGCACCGAAAGCUUUACCCAUCGGCGUAUACUGGGCCACUCCUCCAACUUGGAUGAAUCAAGCCAAGUCAUCCUACACGGCAAAUUACGGCAAUGACUAUUCGGAAGAUUGUGUCUAUGGAGACGCGGCACUUUUCAUAGCGAUUCCGCCGGCGACGGAUGCCUCGCGUUGCAUCAUGGAGUAG